AUGCUCAGCCAUCUCGCUCUGCUGCUGCUAUCCGUAUCCGUGCAUGCUCUUCGGACACCUCAGGAAUGGCGAACCUCUCAACACAUUCUGAGUCCAUCUCGCCCUGACGACAAUGACGGCAUCCAUCUCGCCGUAUCACCCAACUGUGGGCCUCUGUCGGGCAAUGCAGUCGAUGUCAACGCAGGAGUAGACCUGAAGAGAAUUAAGACUAUCGUCGCAUUCGGGGACUCGUAUACCGAUGGAGGUCGCGACGACGGUGGACCCCUUUCUCCUGCGGUUGUCGUCCCUCCCGAUGCGGAGGCAGGUGGGAGGUCUACGAACGGCAAGGUCUGGGUCGAGCAUCUGGCGGACGACUAUGGGGCUACGCUGAUGGACUACGCGCAAUCCGGGGCGUGUACGGAUCUCAGCCUGUGGCCGAGUGCGAUCAAGAAAGUCGAUUUCCUGGGACAAAUGGUGACAUUCCUGAACCAGUCAAACACUCUCAAUCCCGAGUCUACGUUAUACGCUGUGUUCUUCGGUAUAAACGACUUUGGAGAUUCGAAGACCGACGGUGAAGCGAACCUGCAAGCUGCCGCGCAAGUGAUCCUCUCCCAACUCCGCAUCCUCGCCUCCCCGCCUACAAACGCGCGCUCCUUCCUCCUCGCUGACGUCUAUGGCCUCGGCACGCAUACCCCGGCAGGGGACGCGAUGGUGCAGACGAUGUUCUCUGGGCUAUAUGACCUCUCGCGUGGAAUCAAUUCGACGGGGCACGGCGAAGGGAUCGACGGGAAGCCUCCAGGACCGGCGUUGAAGGUGGCGUUCGCGGGAUUCAGCCGGAUCUGGGACGGGGUGUUGGGCGCGGACCCGGGAUACGAGGCGUUUGGGUACGUGAGCACGGACGCGUGCAUAGUCGAUUGCUCGAUCGUGUUCUGCUCGACGGACGGGAUGUGCGAUGACCCGGACCACUAUUUCUAUUAUAUCCCGAGUCAUCCUUCGAAGGAGGGCAUGAGGAUCAUGGCGGACUACGUGGAGCAGGUGCUCGAGCGGUGCAUCGAGCAAUAG